CCACCAUCAAGCCCGUGUCCCAUACAUAUACAGGUAGGGUACACGCGUAUCGCAGAUAAAUCCAUUGCUGCCUUGGGAGCAUUCUCGGGUGGAUGGUAAGUUGGCAGAACGCGCAGCACAUGCGCAACAACACCUCAGCCCGCUUCAGGCCUCCCCAUCCAUACCUUCCCAUCCGCAAAGCCUCACCACCAUGCACCGCGAUCACAUUACCCAAAGUAGCAAGACUCGCGCACCUGCCAACACGUGGGCGAAAAAAACAAAACCACCUUGCCAGCUCGCCAACUCGCCAGCCCCUCCACCCAGCAAUCAUCUCCCGCACCUUGGAAAAUCUCCCAGAAAACGCAAUACCGCGACUAACCCGCCACAAUCAAUCUCGGCAGCCCUACCAUACACGGCACCCCAGUCUGCUCUGCAUACACACACACCACCCCACCCAACCAACACACAACCAGCUUGAAGAAUUUUUUCUGUUGCAUGCUAUCUAUGAAAAAAGAGAAAACGUCAGUCUGCGCACAUGCCGCUGCAAGCUUUUUUUUUUCUUUCGCUGCUCGCACAUCAUAUCCGUUCCCGUCUCGUCCCGUGUCUUGUCGUCUCGCUUACCUAUCUACUACCUAUCUCAGUAUUCCGGACCCGUCGGACAGGGCGGGAGUGAUUACUCCGAGAGAGCCGAGAGAGCCGAGGACGGUCCGGGUAUCAAUGGUCUGGGAUGUGUGGGUGCACGUGUUUUUGCGGCUGCGAAGUAGGCCGUGGAACGAUGGUCUGUGACCGAGCGUGUCCGAAAUAUCGACGAGAUGGUGUGUUGUU